CCCCUGGGCUCUGUCCACUCCUCCCCCGCGUGGGGGGGGACCUGAGUCGGCUGUCUGGCCAGCGGUCUGGGACCUCGAGCUGUGCUUCAGGGGCAGGUAGCCUCGGGUCAGGAGCCGGGGAUCUCAGCAGUCCCGCUUCCUGAGCCCGGCUCCCCUACUCCCCGGCCAUCUGAGAACUGCGGGAGCCCAAAGAGGCGCCCCAGGACAGCGGCAAGAACGGCCGCAGGAGCUUCUCUUGGACACUGCUGAAAGAAGCCGUCACGCGUGGAUGCGGCGGGAGCCCAGAGACUCGUGUAGCCGGCGCCGCUUUUGCCCUCGGGCGCCCUAUGGCUUGAAGGAACAGAGCACAGCUGGCCAGUGGCUCCAUUGCUCCCAUGGAUCCCUUGAACCUGUCCUGGUAUGAUGAUGACCUGGACGGCCGGAAUUGGUCCCAGUCCUUGAAUGGGUCUGAGGCAAAAGCAGACAAGCCCCAAUACAACUACUAUGCCAUGCUGCUCACCCUGCUCAUCUUCGUCAUCGUCUUCGGUAAUGUGCUAGUGUGUAUGGCUGUGUCUCGAGAGAAGGCGCUCCAGACUACCACCAACUAUCUAAUCGUCAGCCUUGCUGUGGCUGACCUCCUUGUGGCCACGCUAGUCAUGCCCUGGGUCGUGUACCUGGAGGUGGUGGGAGAGUGGAAGUUCAGUCGGAUUCACUGUGAUAUCUUUGUCACCCUGGAUGUUAUGAUGUGCACCGCGAGCAUCCUCAACCUCUGUGCCAUCAGCAUCGACAGGUACACAGCAGUAGCAAUGCCAAUGCUCUACAACACCCGCUACAGCUCCAAGCGCCGCGUGACUGUCAUGAUCACCGUUGUGUGGGUUCUGUCUUUUGCCAUCUCCUGCCCGCUGCUCUUCGGUCUCAACAACACAGAUCAGAAUGAGUGCAUCAUUGCCAAUCCUGCCUUCGUUGUCUACUCGUCCAUCGUCUCCUUCUACGUGCCCUUCAUCGUUACCCUGCUCGUCUAUGUUCAGAUCUACAUCGUCCUUCGAAAGCGCCGGAAACGUGUCAACACCAAACGCAGCAGCCGAGGGCGGAAUCUGAUUGCACAGGCCCCACUCAAGGACAAGUGUGCUCACCCUGAUGAUAUGAAGCUCUGCACCAUCAUCAUGAAAUCCAAUGGGAGUUUCCCAGUGAACAAGAGGAAAGUGGAGGCUGCACGCCGUGCAGAACAGAUGGAGAUGGAGAUGAUGUCCAGCACCAGCCCACCGGAGAAAACCAAAUACAGCCCCAUCCCCCCAAGCCACCAUCAGCUCACCCUCCCUACCCCCUCCACCCAGGGAGUCCAUUCUUCCCCUGACAGCCCUAUGAAGCCAGAGAAGAAUGGGCAUGCCAAAGGUCACCCAAGGUCUGCCAAAGUCUUUGAGAUCCAAUCUAUGCCGAAUGGCAAAACCCGGACUUCACUCAAGACCAUGAGCCGGAGGAAACUUUCCCAGCAGAAGGAGAAAAAAGCCACCCAAAUGCUGGCCAUCGUCCUUGGAGUGUUUAUCAUCUGCUGGCUGCCGUUCUUCAUCACCCACAUCUUGAAUAUGCACUGUGACUGCAACAUUCCACCGGCCAUGUACAGCGCAUUCACGUGGCUGGGCUACGUCAACAGUGCUGUCAACCCCAUCAUUUAUACUACCUUCAACAUCGAGUUCCGCAAAGCCUUCAUGAAGAUUCUUCAUUGCUGACCCCAGCCGCUGCCUGCCCACCCGCCUGCCCACCCAACCACUUGCCCACCUGUGUCGCCAAGCCAAGAGCCUAGGUGAUGAGGGGAGGGAGAACUGGCCCUCCUUUUUGAGUCCAAGGAGUCCUGAACAGCUCCCCUACUGCCUCUCUAGUAGGCAAGGUGGGGGCCCUAGUGGCAGAUCCAAGGGAGUUUGUGGCAGAGUCCCACGGCCCACAACUACAGUGUCUAAGUCCCUGAAGCAGCGAGAUGCUCAUUGGCCCUGUUCCCAAGGCUGGACCCCUUGGGGACUCUGGGGGACAGCUAAUAUGGGGAGCAGGGUCUGCUCACAGGGACAUCCUCCUCUGCUUCCUGGAUGCCUCUCCUUUGCACCAAAGACAAAGCCACCAGCUGCUGUCACUAUUUCUGUCCCCAUCUUCUCCCUGGCUCCGAGCAUGGAUGCAACAGCUGGGAGACCUAAUCGAGGUCUCUUGACCCUGCUCACGCUCCACAUGCCUGGCCCUGGGUGGGCUUUGAGAAGUCAGUGGGAGGGGUUUGGUCAACGUCAGGGACAGUGGGAGCAAAAGCCAAGGUACACCCAUCUACAACACCAUGAGACCUAUGUAAAUACUGGACCGCAGGAUGAAUACCAGAGAAGUCCAAGCCAAAAAAAGAAAAGAAAAGUCAAUCUUUCUCUAAGAUGCUGCUUUGCAUAACAGUGAGUAGUGGUCUAGGGCCUCCUCCCUCUGCUUCCUCCAGCUUCCUAUCUAGUGGCUGCUCUAGGAAGAACUGACUGGAACUAACGCUGGCUUUGUGCAUUGAGCUGGGCAGCCCACAGGCCCCUUAAGGAAAAGGGGGAAAGAGAGGUGGGCUAGGAGACUUUGGUUACUUUCCAAAAGACCCCAUGGUCUAGCAUUCCAAUAAGUGAUUACAGAUUCUGCCUCAAAACCUUAGGACCUGAAUAUUGGCCUGUGGCUAGAGUGAGGGCAUCUAGGCUAGGGGCUGGCAACCUGUGGCAAGGGUAUCAUAGUGUUACUUGAGGUGAUAAUGUUGGUAGCCAUGUGCCACGCCUCCUUUUCUCUUCUCUUCUUCCUCUCUCCCUCUUUCCUUCCCCUGCUUGUCCCUUUCCCAUUCCCUGCCUCUGCCUUAGACCUACCAUCAGCUAAACAGGCUGUUGACCCUGGCCUGCCUAGCCCAGCGUGGCCCUGUGGGGGCCAGGGGAAACUGCAGCUGCUGUGGAGGUCACUUGGCUCCUGUGUCUACAAGGCCACUGGCUGUCCCCAGGCCCCAGUCUUUCUGUACCA